CUCAUGAGAGAGGAGCAGACGAACAGGAGGCGAAGAACUUCUGGGACUCACCCCCCCACCCUGCAACUAAAGAGAGAGAGAGAGAGAGACCUCCCUGGACCGUUACCUCGAUGCUGCUUGAAGGUGGAGUCAUUUGGGAAUAGAGAGAGAGAGAGAGAGAGAGGAAGAGGGGGGGGGGGGAUGAGGAGAGAGCAGUGGUGCAACAGAAGAGGACAGAUGGAUUAUCUGACGUGCGCCCGGAGUGACCGGCGUCCCUCUUUAAGUCUCGACCCCUGUUUUUUCUCCUCAGAGUGAAAUCUGAAAAAUGCUGUGGUGCACACGUGGAGCGAGGCGAAGGUAGAGCGCGUGGUGCAGCUUCUUCUUUCUGUUCUGAGGGAUUCCAUUGGAACUAAGGAGGGUUUUUUUCACGCAUUGGUAAACUUUCUACCUGUAUGGUCAAGUUAACUUUAUAUAUUUCUUUUUUUUCUUCCUUUUUUUGUUGUUCUUUUUUUUGUUCCACUUGGACAUACAACGGUCACACUGGAGCAGAACAUCCUCCACAAUCUAGAACCAGUUAGAAAACAGAAGGGAGGAGGAGAAGCAGGUUUGUGACUGGAAUACACACAAAUAGUCAUUUGUGUGUAUAUAUUUUUUAAGUAAUCUUUGUUCAUGUAGACUGAUUUAUUUCAAGACUUUAACCUUGAGCAGCGGAGAAAAGAAGCCAGUGGAAUACCGGCUCGAGACACGGUGGCUUGCUGAACAGUCGACCCCACAAUCCCAAAUAGGGACAUCUCAUUGAUACCAUCAAGGUGCUUCGUAAUCCGGACUCUGCAGGGGGACCAUCUGGCCCGGCCUGGACCGCGGAGGGCUCCCCCGCCUGCCCCCCCAGCCUCACCUCGCCCCCAGCAGCAUGUCCCAGGCUCCGAGGCUGCCUCUCGUCCUCCACACAGCACACUACCAUGAUCAGAUGGACUGCUGGAGGGAGUGAGGCCGCCUCCGCCUCGUCCUGCUCCGGGGCCGGGCUGGGGGCCCGUUCCAGACCCAGGUCCUCGGCGACGCUGCUACUCCCCCCCACGUCUCUCCUGCCACUCCUGGUGGCGCUGCUGUUUCUGUCCUCCUCCCUGCCCGGCGCGGCAUGCCACCAGCACCGCAGAGACAGGCUGAGGCUCGCCGGCCCACGGACUCACAGGGUGCCGCUGAACAUUUCUGAGGCCGAGGUCGUCUCCAGGUCCAGGGCCACCGGGGGUCACCUGGGCCGGACCGGGGGGCCGCAGGGUAGGCACGUGCGCAGCUACAACCACCUCCAAGGGGACAUGCGGAGGAGGAAGCUGUUCUCCUUCCAGAAGUUUUUCCUGAGGAUCGACAAGAACGGAAAGGUCAACGGAACCAAGAGCAAGGAUGACCCUCUGAGUAUUCUGGAGAUCACAUCGGUGGACGUGGGAGUGGUGGCCAUCAAAGGGCUGAACAGCAACCACUAUCUGGCCAUCAGCAGGAGGGGAGAGCUGUACGGAGCGAGAGAGUUUGGCGUCGACUGCACCCUGAAGGAGCGGAUCGAGGAGAACGGCUACAACACGUACGCGUCGGCCGAGUGGAGGAACAAGAAGCGGCAGAUGUUCGUGGGCUUGAACGUCCACGGGAAGCCGCUGAGGGGGAAGAAGACGCGCAGGAAGAACACGGCCACACACUUCCUCCCGAUCAUGGCGUGAGACUGGAAGAGGAGGAGGAAGAGGAGGAGGAGGAGGAAGAGGACGACGACGACAUGCAGCACUGGACACAGACUUUUUGAUACUGGAAGAAAGAAAUAAUAAUAAAAAGCUGUAUAACAAAAAAGACACUCGCUGAGAAAUCUCUCGUUUAGAAAUCCGGCACUAACACUGUUCCGUGAGAAAGAAAGAAAGACAACAAUAUGGCCUCUGCUGCUGGUUGAGACUUAAUUCUGGUGGGAGAUGAUGAUAUCUGUGUGUUUUCUGUGGCAAUAUUUAUCCUUUAUUUUUUCUCCUCGGUUUAUUUCUGUGCCAAACAGGUUUUCAACUGGACUAAUAUGUGUGUGUGUGUGUGUGUGUGUGUGUGUGUGUGUGUGUGUGUGCAGCAUGGCCGUCCCGGCUAGCGUAUAGAUGCAGGAGGCGGUCGGUCACGACAGCAAAUUGAACAAACGGCGGACGCGAUGCAUUUAGAGCAAAUGUUUGAUACUUAACCACUGCGUUCUGACUGUAUUGUGAUGAUUUAUUUAUUUUGUGAAAUAUUUAACUGGAGAGGGGAAACACCUACAAGGCGAGCAUCCCGAUGCAUUCUCUACUUUUUAUAGGAAACUCUGUCACGUGGAAAUAAAAUAAAAAAUGUUUCUCUGCUCUGCGA